AUGGGAAAGGUUCACGGAUCUCUCGCCCGUGCCGGCAAGGUCAAGUCUCAGACGCCCAAGGUCGAGCCCCAGGAGAAGACAAAGGUCCCCAAGGGCCGUGCCCUCAAGCGCCUCAAAUACACUCGCCGAUUCGUCAACGUCACCCUGACCGGUGGCAAGCGGAAGAUGAACCCCAACCCCGGCGCCGCCUAA